AUGUAUAAUUUUAUGGGAAAAGUUUUAAUGGCUAAUAUUUCCCUUGAACAAGUCGAUGUUUGGAAGAAUGCGACAUUCUUUGUGUCGCCAAGACCAGACGGAACAAUUUUUAUUCAAUGGAACUUUGAACAUAAUGGAAUUGAUGUUGCUAAUUAUGAUAUUUACAGAGGCAAAGGAAUAUUGUCUGUCCUUAAUUAUACUCAUCUCUUGGUAACUAUUCCGACAAUGUCUUCAUAUGGAAAGAAUAUCUACGAGUCGAUGUAUACAGAUCACUCCGUUCACUUGGACACUAUAUAUACCUAUCAAGUAGUUGCGCGACACUCGAAUAGUACAAUUAUUGACCAAACGACAUUUAUACUUGGUCAAGCAGACGUAGGACAAGAGUAUCAUGAUAUUACGACACUUAUUGCUUUUCCAAGAACAAAUGGUAUUCAUCUUAGUUGGAAACUUAAAGCAAGAAGUGCAUCUAAACAUGUCACUCUUUACAAUGGUAUCAAUAGUAUAACUAAAAUUAGCAAUAAUGAAGCUCAACUUUUAGGAAGAUAUCCAGUACAAGAUAUGAAAGCAAUCGUCUCAUUAUCCAAUGCUGGCCCUUUUCUUCUAGUAUCUGAUGAUGAAAAUGAUGUGGCCACUGCUAAACUUGCUAAUCUUACUCGUCCACGGAUAGUCCUUACACCAACACAUCUAGAUUUCAUUCGAGAGAAAAUUAAUCAGCCAGGACAUGCACAAGAGGUUUUUAAAGAACUCAUAAAAAGUAUUUAUACCUAUCAACCAGAUAAUUCUUUCAAUUAUUGCUGGCCUGCACGAGAUGCAGCUCUGCUAUACGCUAUCACAAAAGAUAUUCCUUACGCUCAUAUUGCAUAUCUAGCAUUAAAUGCCAAUAGAAUAAAUUAUACAAUAUACGACAACUCUGCUAUCAAACUUCGAUUCAGUCUUAGUACGAUGGCUCGAGCACAAGCUUUUGAUUGGGCUUACGAGACUUUUACCGUAGAACAACGACGAGAUUUGAUCAACGACUUUCAAUAUGCUGCAUCUAUAUUUACAUCUUAUUCAGAUGAUCAUUCACGCAAUCCAAAUGAUAAAGCAAGUAAUUGGAUUGGAAUUGUAAAAUCAGGUGAAUUGAUUCAACAUCUUAGUCUUUAUGGUGAAGAAGGAUAUCCAGAUGAUCAAGCCGAACGACGAAUAUUAUUUCUUUUGAACGAAUUGAAACUACAUCUCGAUCAAUCUUAUGGUUCUUCUGGCUAUAUGCAAGAAGGAUUGAACUAUCUUGCAUACGUGUUACCUAUUCUUGGUCCAGCUGUUUAUCUAGCAAAGCAUAUGGGAAUUUCCACUUUUGACGAAGCUUGGUCUCGUCCAGACUGGCCCAAUUUAGCUUUACACAUAAUUUCAUUGAGAAAACAGAGAAAUUCUCUACAAUUUGGUGUAUCAGAUUCAACUUAUUCGUACAAUGGAUUUCUGCCAUUCAUCUUCAACUCUACCAAUGAUACAAACAUAAAGGCUGCUCUAAAAUGGUUGUAUGAUCGCACUAUGGGAAUCAAUUCGUCUUCACCAGCAUACGACGGUAAAGAUAGAAGUGCUGCACUGUUAUAUUAUCCAUAUGAAAUAGCAGUUCAGCAUCCGAGCAUUGUGUUUCCAAGAUCAACUUCAAUGAUUAGUGAUAAUAUCGAUGGAUUCUAUGGAUUUCGAAAUCGUUAUCAAGAUCAGAAUGAUGUACUAAUUGCACUUAUGAAUAGAAAUAGACGUCAUGGAGGAUGGAAUGCGAAUGAAACCUUUGCAUUAUCAAUAAUAAGCCACGACACCACUUGGGCACGAAUGCCUGGAAAAGAAUUUAAAUAUUAUAAUCUUACGAGAAAAUUCAGUACGCCACUCAUUGAUGGAUGGCCAAGAGAACCACCAAAAAGAAAGAAACUUGGUUACAUCAAAGCAAUAAAAUCGUUCCGUGAUCAAGGUGGUGGAUAUGUCUCCAUUGAUUCUAGUGUAAAUUUAAAUAUCACUCUUGCACAACGGGAUAUACUAGUUGACAUGAUAAAGCGAGGUAGUAUCGACACAAUAAUAGCUAUACAGGAUCAAUUUAUUAACAGUUUAUCACAUUUUUGGCAUUGGCAACUUAGUCCCGAACCUACUGAGACUAGUAUCACAUUAGGAAACGAAAAUAAUCUCUCAACAUUUAUUAUAAGAGGACGAAAUGAAAGUUGGCUCAAAGGUUGGCUCUACAAUUAUCAAAAUACUACUUACAACAAUACUGAAGACGUACUACGAAUUAUAAAAUAUGGUUUCAGUGCAAAUUUCAAGAUCGCUAUGGCACUUGGAAUGGGCACUGAACCAAUUGCUAAUAGAACAGCAACCGGUAUCAAUAUUGAUGAUGCUUGUAUCGAUUUCAAUGCCUUAUUUCUAGGUUUACAGUCUCUUGAAACGAUCGGUCCUGUCCGCUUCGAAGCAAGUGAUCAUGCUAUUCCAAUUUCGAUAAAUGUUACUGAAAAACAAGAAAUUCUUGACAAAUUUGAUCAAUUUCAUGCAAAUGUUCCCUCUAGAUACAUGCUUAAACUGUAUUUGGAUGAUGAAUUAGCUAAAUUCGCUCAAGCUAAUUCUAAUAUGUGUGCUCCUAAGCAUGAUCAAGCCAAGAAUCGUUUAAGCCCACUGUUUGCUUGUAAUAUAAUUUGUGAUUAUAAUAUCGGUGAAUAUCUUGAACCAGCUAUAUGUAAUUGCAAACAAACAUGGGUCAAACGAUCGAUUGAUAAACAUAAUGCUGAUAAUGAUAAUGAAUAUAAUAAUAAUCAAAACAAUUUCAUAGCAACGCCAAGAGGAAAUAAGUUUUAUUUACAUGUGGCUAAAAAACGAAGUUUUAAUCUUAUUACACGCAAGAUAUUUCAAAACACAAGUUUUCGAAAAAUAUUAAAUGCUAGUUAA